UCGAUAAGCAUUUUGCUUUGCCAACAAUUGAGAAAUUGGAGAAAGUUUAACGGCUUGGAGAAAAAUACGACCGCAACAACGCAAACAAUAAAUUUCACAGCUGCAUUUAACUUUUGCAGAUUUUUGCGGGUGCUGCAACAAGCCCUUGCUUGAGCUAUUAACUGGCAUUUCCCUUGGCAACAAUUACUCGGCUUUAAUAUACAUAUAAAUAAUUCUAGAAAUAAGAAUUUCGGCCUAGCCGCUGUGUUAAGACCGAGUGCCAACAUGCUGGCAUAUUCCGGGCACGUUAUGACGCUAGCCAAUAGCAUUAUUGGCGUGGGAAUACUAGCAAUGCCGUUUUGUUUUCAAAAGUGCGGCAUUGUACUCUCCGUUUUAUUGCUCAUUAUCAGCAAUUGGAUAACUCGCAUAUCCUGCCAUUAUCUAAUAAAGUCUUCGCUGCUGACGCGUCGCAAAAGUUUAGAAUUUUUGGGUUUUCAUGCAUUUGGCGCUUCAGGCAAACUCCUUGCUGAGUUAUGUAUUAUCGGCUAUCUUUUUGGCACAUCCAUAACCUAUUUCGUUGUGAUGGGCGAUUUAGGUCCGCAAAUUACUUCAAAAAUAUUUUCACUCAAUGCCGCCGACUUUCCACACCUACGCACAUGGGUUAUGAUCGCCGUAACACUAUUUUGUAUACUACCACUGGCAAUGCUCAAAAAUGUUGAUAGCCUGUCAACAGUGUGUGCUGCUUCGAUAGGCUUUUAUGUGUGCCUGGUGGUGAAGAUAGUGCUGGAAUCCGAGGAACAUAUUGUGGCACAUGAUUGGGUCGAGAAAGUGGAGUAUUGGCGUCCGGCCGGAAUCUUACAGUGUUUGCCCAUUUUUAGUAUGGCGCUAUCAUGCCAAAUGCAACUUUUCGAAGUGUUCGAAAGCAUCAAUAAUCAGAGCGUUGAGAAAUUGAAUGGAAUUGUGCGCAACGCUACAUGGAUAUGCACAUUUGUUUACAUCGCCGUUGGCUAUUUCGGCUAUGUGGCCUUCUGCACGCAAACUUUUUCGGGUAACAUUUUGUUAAAUUUUUCACCUUCAUUUGGCAGCGAUGUCAUCAAAAUUGGAUUUGUGUUAUCGGUUGCUUUCAGCUUUCCACUUGUCAUAUUCCCCUGCCGAGCAAGUAUUUAUUCACUGCUGUACAGAAAGGGUCAUACUGACAAUACUGCCUAUAUUCCAGAGACGCGUUUCAAGGUAAUCACAAUCUGUCUUGUAAGUUGUGCGCUCUGUAUUGCUCUAAUGAUACCGUCGGUUGAGCUGAUUAUCGGUUUAGUGGGCUCUACAAUCGGCGUUGCCAUUUGUAUAAUGUUCCCAGCAUUCUGUUUUCGAAAGAUUGUUAAAAAAGACUCUACCGAGCGUUCUUUGGCGCAGUUUAUAUUUGUUAGUGGCUUUUGCUUAAUGGUCUUGGGCACCUAUGCAAAUUUGCAUGCCAUCGAUGAAAGACGCUCUGGCGCACAUUUAGCUAAAGAUUUGAAGGAUGCGAAUUUGAUGAAGCCAACGGAAAAAGUAUACACAAUGGAACAAGAGACUGCAGCACUCUUCGUACCACAAAUAGACAAGAUAGAAGAAGAAAAUCACUUUCGGGAUUUGAAGUUAAAGAAAAACGAAUUGGAGUUGAAUGCACAACUGGAUAUCGAAAAGAAGUCGGAUUUAUUGAGAAAUGUAACACCUAUACAGCCGAUAUCGCCGAUAUCUGCUGACGAUACUCAAAAGAAGGAAGAAACCCCAAAAGAUAAUGUAAUCGCCGAGAAAGCAGGCAAAGGCUUCAGUAUAGUUUCCCCUAAGUCUGAGUUAAAAGAUGAAGACGAGGCUCCUAAAGUCUCCGAAAACGUAAGAGAACUCGAGAAACAAAAUGUACCGCCGAAUAAUAUUCUGAAAUCUCUACCUAAUCAACUACCGCCACAACAACAAUACAUUCCCUCUCAUCUUCCGCAAGAGAAGCAAAGUUCACAACAGAACCAACAGCAGCAGGCAAUAGAUAAAGAGGCAAUAAAAAAAGACGAAGAGAUUGCUGCGGAGGAAUACAAAAAUGGACAAAAGGCUUCAAAAAGCAACAAUGAUGUCGACCUUAAAGAAACCCGAAAGGAAUUGAAAAAAACCAAAGAACUGUUGGAACGCACUGUCGAUCAGUUGAAACAAGAACUGGCCAAGCAAAAUGAAGAAACACAAAAUCUGGUUGCUGAAAAGUUGGAGGAAGUAGUGCAGAAAGUGGAGCAAAUUGAGAAAAAGGUCCAACAUAACGAGCCUGCACAAACACCUGUAAAGUAUAAUGAAGAGACUGGUGACUUGCCGCCGCAAGAGUUCGAAAGAGAGCCGAAAGAAAAUGCAGUACCGCCUAAAAAACUUAACUUCCCUAAGGUUGAAAAUAAGCCGGAGGAGCGACCUUCACUUCUCAAUUUACUUUCUGAGCAGGCAGCAGAAGAGCGUCCCCAACAGCAGGUUUUUGAACCGCUCUCCUACAAAGCCGGCGAGCUUAUCGAGCAAGUAAAAAAUGCCAGCAAAGUGGAGCAGCGACUGCCGCUUCCCUUGGCCGUGCUAUUUAAUGCCACAAAUAUUAAAACAAACAACCACUCAAAUAUACACGAACGCGCAAUAGCCAACAAGUCUCUGAACUUUUCACCACACACUGCUAAUAAUGCCAGUGUAACCAAAAAUAUUAAGACUGAAAACUCAACACAAAUAAAACCAAGUGUCCCGCCAUUGGAAAGUAAUGCCCAAAGAUCUAGUAGCGAGAAGGAGAAUGUGGAGGCUAUACGCCGAGACAUACUACAAUUAAAUUCCGAACGACUAAAAGAAUUUCCAUCCUUAGCUUUGUCUGUAAGCGAAAUAGAAAAUGACACCGACCUAGCUGCGGCGAUUACUCCUCAUUUGAGGGAAAAACGCUCAAAUAUGUCGCAUUUGAAAACGCCCGACUACGAAGCAAUCGAUUCGAAAUCGCAUGGCAACAAUUGUGUUACCGAGCCCAAAGAGGAGCAACUGCUGCUGGCACAUGGUGGAUUAAGUAAUGCGAUCGAUUUUAAAAUGAAAAAUAUUGGACGGGAGCUGCGAUCAGUGAUCGAUGACGAUGAGGUGAAGCAUUAAUCAGGAGGAACGCAGUCGUUCCAAUACUCUACAUUCUCUCUUUCGUACCAUGUAUUAGAGCAUAUAGUACAUUUGUAUAUAGUUACAUAUAUGAGCCCCUGUAUAUAGUUUCAUACAUACUUAUAUGUACAUACAUAGUAUAUAUGUAUAUACAUAUAUGAGGCAAUUCACGUCAAAUAUCCGAAGCGCGCUGAGCGGUGCAAAACUAGCUACUUUUCGACUAGCUCGGAAUAAGACAGCAAACGGGGAAAAUAAUUCGAAAGCUAAGAUUUCUAUAAAUUUUUGUACGGGCUAUCCGAUGGUAUUAUGCGUUUUUCAAAAAUUUCCCACUUUCUUGGUGAAAAUUGUGAACGAAAAAUUAUUUGUAAUUUUUCUCAAUUAUGUUCAUUUUUAAUAUUGUUUUUAGUUAUCUCAAUCGAAAGAUCAAGUCUUUUUUACAUAUAAAUCAUUAAUAAAAAAAGGGGAUUUUUUUUAUUUUUCCCUAGUUAUAAGGCCUUUUAGAGCGCGCUAAUGUGCUAACCGUGCGCGACAUAAUAAUAUUUUUAUAACUUUGUAACUACUUGGUGUUCAAAUCUGAAACUUUCGCAAAAACUUCCUUAGAUAGUCAUCUACAAUACUGUUUUAAGACAAACAAAUUUUUUUCAAACUUUGUGACAUAACUUUUGCAUUUGAAAAGAAAAAACACCCUCUCAAUUCUCAAAAAAAGUCCCUAUUUUUAUUAAUGAUUUCUAUGUAAAAAUACCUGAUUUUUCGAUUGAGAUAACUAAAAACAUUAAAAAUUACCAUAAUUAAGCAAAAAUAAAAAAAAUAAAUUUUCGUUCAGAAUUUUCACCAAGAAAAUGGGAAAAUUUUAGAAAACGCAUAGUACCAUCGGAUAGCCCGUACAAAAAUCUAUAGAAAAAGUUUUCUAAAUAUUUUUCCCAUUUUCUGCCUAAUUCCCAGGUAGUCGAAAAAUAGCUUGUUUUUUUUUUUGCACCGCUCAGCGCGCUUCGGCAUUUGACAUGAAUCGUCUCAUAUAUAUGUAUGUAUGUACAUAAUUCAUCCAAAUACAAUAUCUUGCGGAAACAUUCCUACCGAGUUUAGAGUUUUUCUCUUAGAUUUCCGUAGACUAAGUCGUUACCUUAAUUCUGAGUACGUAUACAUAUAUAUAUAUAUAUAUAUAUAAAUAUAUACACCUAAAUUUUGAAAAUGUAUUUGUUUGUACGUCCGUUUGUAAUAAUAAGACUCAGUAAAAUAAAUAUUUAUUUAUUUAUGUAC